AUGACCGUUGUCGCUAAUCGUGAAAAAGCGCUGGGUGCUUCAUUGCAUAACGUGUUGACUCGGGUCAAAUCGCACCCCCAGAUAUACCCCGAAAUUGAUCUGGUUUAUUCAUCAGCAAACCCUUUACACGACCCUAUUGUUCUUAAACUGCCUGCCAACGGACUGCGGCUUAGAUUUGACGGCCCGGACCAAAGAUUGCGAUUGAUCGAGGUACUAGAUUUUUCGCGCGCAAACCUCGUUUACAAGAACCAGGAGGUCGUGAAAGCAAGCAAGACAGGCGACAUGAGUUCUACCUCACAGGGUCCGGGGUUUCGACAUGUCUACAAUCGUCUCUUCGGACCCUCAUACCCAGGCGAAUAUGUCCCGCCAACAGAUCCUCAUGCACAAUACGGUACCUACGUUCUUUCAUACCCAGGCGUCGCGUUCUCCUUCCCCCUUCAACAUUCAGCUUGGUCCGAGUCGUGCGACUUUGUAGCCUUGCUGUCAUCUUCCGCUGCAUUAUCAGCGACGUCCAUGUCGAUCUUCCAAGGGCCAUCGUGGCCCGAGGUCCGCGCAAAACUGUUCAUUCAACAGCCACAGUACCCGCGCUCGUCAACGGUGAUGGGCAAGAGUCGCGAUGUUUUGGCUGAUGAGGUUGAAGGCUUCCACAUAUUCGGCGCUGGGAAACUAGAAGUAGAGCGACGAAACAGUCCUCCAGCGCAGAUUGUCUUAGGGGAGACAACAGCUCAGGAUCUCAUUGCCGAGUUCGGCCCGCCAGAUGCGAUAUACCGUAAACAUGACCGAAGGAUCUCAAUCCACCGCGCAGCGAGUGGGCUCGGCGCGGGAGAGGCUCUCCACCUAGGCUCACUGCCUGGCACCGGGCUGGAAAUUGCCGACACUGACCACUCCUCCAACAACAGUAUAACUGACGAUUCGGAUGAGGAGGUAUCAUCAAACAACAUCAGCGAUCCCACUUCCCUCCCUGCCGAGUCUUUUUUCAAUUACUUUCAUCACGGAUUCGAUGCUUUCAUUUCGUACCCUGCGACGCCAGGACCUGCAUUCCCUUUAUCAAGCCUCCCUGAGCCAUCCUCCCAGCCGUCCGCCUCACAGCUGACAGUGACCAAAAUCAUAUUACAUGGGAACGUGCCUGGAUCAUAUCCGUUCAAUCGCCAUCGCCGCAGUCGCUGGACGAUUCAUCUAGAUUCGUCUGACAAAACUCUCAACUCGGAGACUCCCUACGACGAAAUAUCUCAAACACUGCGCGACGUAUGGAGAGGUUCAGAAGCUGGAGUCUCUGGACGACGUGACAUGCAGAGACCAAUGGUCUUGAAUCGCGGCUGGGGUGACAGUCCUGAAAGUAGUGUUGAGUUCCUCGGCGGAUGGGAAGAGAGCAUGGCUCGAGGGCCCAGAAAUGUCUCCGAUGGGCAUGACGGCGGGUUGGGCAAUACUGAACUUUUUGGCUUCCCGGGGCUCUUGUUUGAAGUGCUAAAGAACGGCUCCGUUAGCUGUCUAACAGUUUAUUGA